AUGGCGGCCGCAGAUAUCGGAAACACGACCGACAUGUCAGAACUUAGGUUGGUGCUGCUGGGUGGAAAUGCAGCUGACAAGAGGGCAGCAGGAAACACCAUCCUGGGAACAGAGGAAUCACAAAGGGACAGCAUCCAGGACAGAGAGAGCAGACAGGGAGAGGUGGCCGGGAGACGGUUGACUGUAGUGGACACUCUAGAUUGGUUCAGCAGUGGACUCUCUGAGAAGGACAUGAGACAGGACGUAGGAAAUUGUGUCCGUCUGUCUGCCCCAGGACCUCACGCCUUCCUCCUGGUGGUUCCAGUGGAGCCGUCUGAAGGGACGGAAAAGAGGAUGCUGGAGAAGAUGGAGGACUUUUUUGGGGAGGGCUGUUGGACACACACACUAAUUAUUUUCAUCCAUACUGAGGGGCAGGUAGAGAGGAGUGUGGAGGAGUUGCUCCAGACAGGGAGCCAGGAGCUCCAGCAGCUGGUAGAGAAAUGUGGGAACAGGUGUCACCUUCUCAACAUCAGGGACACACCUGAUGACACCGAGAUCACACAGCUACUAGAGAAAAUAGGAGAGAUGGUGUCAGGAAACAGAGAGGAAGUGUACAAUAGUGAGACCUACCAGGAGGCAGAGAGACAGCUCAGAGGGGUGGAGAGAAAGAUGACGAGGCAAAGAGAGGAAAGG